AUGAUUUUCUCUGGAGUCAUCCUUUCUGCUCUGCUCACGCUUCUUCUUUGCGACUGUGCUCAGAGCAGGAGAGUCGAAUGCAAAACUGACUGUUGCUCAUUUGUGGAGGGCUUUCCUUUAAGACUGAGGGAGCUCCGUUCUGCAUACAAAGAAAUUCAGAAGUUUUAUGAGUCCAACGAUGACUUGGAACCAUUAUUAAAUGAGGACAUAAAACAUAACAUAAACAGUCCCUAUGGAUGUCACGUCAUGAACGAGAUCCUGCAUUUCUACUUGGAGACCAUUCUGCCAACAGCUCUUCAGAAGAAUCCUUUAAAGCACUCCACAACCCCAAUCGACUCCAUUGGAAAUAUAUUUCAGGAACUCAAGCGGGAUAUGGUGAAAUGCAAGAGGUACUUUUCUUGCCAAAAUCCCUUUGAAGUCAACAGCUUAAAGAAUUCAUAUGAAAAGAUGAAGGAAAAGGGGGUCUAUAAAGCUAUGGGGGAGCUUGAUUUGCUCUUUAGGUACAUCGAGCAGUAUCUAGCCUCAAAGAGGGUUAAGCACUAA